AUAAAAUAUAAUUAUUAUAUUGAUAAUAACUUGCAGUGCUAUUUGUCAGUGAAUACCAUUUAAGGAUAACGAAAUUCAUGUGUGCAAUUUAGUUGUAGUUUCUUGCUUUAUACUUGGAUAAAAUGACUUCGUUUGGAGAGAGAAUUGAGGAUUAUGAGGUGCAUAAUUUACUUGGAAAAGGAGGAUUUGCAUCUGUGUAUCGUGCAAGAUGUUUGAAAACAGGAAUAGAAGUAGCUAUAAAAAUGAUUGACAAAAAACUUAUGCAGGCUACUGGAAUGGUUAGUAGAGUAAAACAAGAAGUAUCGAUUCACUCACGGCUAAAGCACCCAUCAAUAUUAGAGUUAUUUAUUUGUUUUGAAGACAUAAAUUAUGUAUAUUUAGUUUUAGAGCUUUGCCACAAUGGUGAACUGCAGAAAUAUGUUAAGGAAAAGACACUUUCAGAAAGUGAAGUGAGUAGUAUAAUGAGACAAGUCGUAGAAGGUAUCAGAUACCUCCAUUCUCAUAAUAUACUACAUCGUGACUUGUCUCUGUCAAAUUUAUUGCUUACAAAAGAUAUGCAAGUGAAAAUAGCUGAUUUUGGUUUAGCCACUCAGUUAACCAGACCUGAUGAAAAACACAUGACGAUGUGCGGAACACCUAAUUUUAUAUCUCCUGAAGUAGCUUCUAGAGGGUCUCAUGGUCUCGAAGCCGAUGUGUGGGGAUUAGGAUGCCUCUUGUACACCCUGCUUGUUGGCUCACCGCCGUUUGAUACACCAGGAGUAAAAAGUACUUUGACAAAAGUGGUGAUGUCUUCGUAUUCUUUACCUAGUUACUUAUCGCCUGAAGCAAAGGAUCUUAUAAAUUCUUUACUGCAGAAAAACCCCAAGGAUCGAAUGAAAUUGGAACAAGUCCUGGAACAUCCCUUUAUAAAACGAGGCAGGGUAAUAACGUCACAUCUUACUCAUGACAGUGGUAUUCACACAAUGUCUAGCCGUAGGGAGAGUGCUUUCAGUGACAGUGCUUUACCUUUUUCUCACAACUUAUACUCGUCCCCAUGUGGCAGGAGGACGAACAGCGAUUGUGGCCCAUCAGAUAACUUAUUCCAAAGCGGACGGUUGACCCACAGCAUGGAACAGUUGAGAAUACAACGUUAUGAUGCCUUAUCUCGACAUACAGAUUUAAGAACUUGUUCUGACUCGUGUAGUAAUAGAAAUGAAAUGUCUCUGUUUUCAAAUGGAGAAUCUAACUUCGAACAGCCGAUGUAUAACAAAUAUAGUUGUCAGGAUUUGCCGCCCAGCGCAAGUCAGUGCAGCCAGAGAUAUUGUUCGCCGAUAGAGCCUGGAGGAGUUGGUAUCAUGAAUCACGUGAUACUCAGUUUACCUCCUACGAAUUCGCAUCAUUCAGAUGCACACCCCUAUUACAGUGAGGCUACGAGUAAUUAUACCAAUAAUUACGUACCUAGCUCUUACCCGCAAGAAGUGCUGAACCACAAACCUAUAUUAAACAGUAUAGAGAAUUGUCCGAGGCCUCCUGAACCAUUUUCCUGUCAACCGAAUAGAAUUGAGAAGCCGAAGAAUCAGGGACUAGUGCAACUCUGUUCCAAACGUUUAUUACCUACGCGACAUCAAACGAAGAACGCCAUACUUAGUAUUUUAGAAGACGGAGAAGUCUGCAUAGAAUUUAUCAAGAAACGAGGUCAGUUGAAGAGAGAGAUGGUCUGCGAGGUCAUGAAGAUAUCCUCUGAUGGUCUGAGGAUUAUUCUUUAUGAACCAGAGGGCGGUAAAGGGGUGCCGCCUUCUGACAAACCCCCUAUCUUACCUUCGCAGGGGGCGGAUAAAAUAUUCAGCAUCGAAAAUCUGCCGGAAAAGCACUGGAAAAAGUACAUGUACGCUUUUAAAUUUGUCGAUCUUGUUAGAGCAAAAACGCCGAAAGUAACGUACUAUACAGAUAAGGCGAAGUGUUUGCUAAUGGAGAAUUUGAUCGACUUCGAAACUUGCUUUUAUGAUGGUGCUAAGAUUACUCAGUCAUCAACCGAAGGUAUUACUAUUAUCGACGCAUCGGGUAACAAAUAUAAUUUUCAAACGGAACACGAGUGCAGAAAUCUGACGGGAACUCUUGACCUAUUAUGGAGCCAUUCCCAAGAUUCUCUUAACUAUUGUAAACUGUUGGAGAAAACUCUGUCCGAACUGCCACGUACAUCUUUUCCGGUAAUAGUCGGACGCAGGCCAGUUUUAGCCGGAUCUUCAGGCAAAGAAAAUCGACCACAAAGUGCAAUACCUUCGUUUACUGUUUCUAUUGACAGUUCAGCCCCAGGCACCUCGUUUGGAAACAGUAGCAACGUGAGGGAGAAAAGGGUUGCAAUUCCUGGGGUAGGUAUAGCGUUUCAGUUGCCGAACGGCGAGGUGCAAGUCCGCUACCAAGACGGGUCUCAACUCUGGGUGGACGGUAAACACCACAUUCGGUACCAGUAUCCCGAAGGCCAUACUGUGAAUUACACGGAUACGGAAAGUAUUCCUCAUCCGGUAAUGGAAAAACUGCAUCACAUGCCGAGGGUACUGAAGCAUUUAAUGCCCAGUGUGGUAACUCAGAAGAUUCAUAAUUUGAGGUGAUUUUCUCGAUUGUUACGUUUAGUUAAGUGAAAAGAUACUCGAAAUUGCUUAUUUAUUUAUUCAGUAAUUUGUUGUGUAUAUAAUAAAUUAUA